AUGUCUACCCGAAACAACCAGGCCCUCGACGCCGUAGGCACCCAACCCUUCCAUCCCAAUCGUCUUGCUGAAGACGUCCCGCGUGAGAAAUGGCAUCAACUCGGCAGCAAAGCCUCCGAAGCCGAUACAGCCUCUGAAUUCCACGCCCAAACUUUGAAACCUGGCACCGCACCAGCAGGAAGCUCCUACCAACCCAACCCCAUCAAUGAAGUGCCCGGCCAGGCCAACAACGACGACAGUCUCCGCGGCCAUGGCAAGCAGCGCACAUACACAAAACCGCUCGACACCUAUCCUGGGGCUACAUCCAAGGAUGUCCACACGAACAACACCUUCUCUCGGCCCAUGGGCGGACAGACAAGUAAUGAGAAGCAUCACUCUGGGACAGAGCAUCACCGCAAGCAUCAUGGUUCCUCGUUGGAAGGGGUAGGCGCAAAUGCGGGGCCCAAACAUUUUGAGGGCUCGUAUGGGGAUCCGCAAAAGGUUGAUCCGAGGUAUAACCCUGGACAGAGGGCGUUGGAUCGUGAGGAGGCACAGCCGGGCACGCGUGGUGAUAAGGGUGCUGCUGGUGCGGAGAAUUUGCAGCCUCAGCAGGCGGAGAGUGUUGCCCGGGAGGGCUUUUAA